AUGUGUGUGAUGCCAAAAGUGGAGCUUUUUCUUGUAGUGUAUUUUUAUUCCGUCCAGGAGAGAACUCUGAGUAAAGAGCUUGAGGGAGAGAUGGCGGAAGCAGCAAUAGACUCAAAUGAGGACCUGCCAGAGGCAACAGAGGACCUGGAACCUCUGGAACCAGAGGACAAUGGUACCUUCCAACAAGUCACAAACCUCCUCAACAUCAUGGACGGUGAGUCGGCAAAGACGGAUGCUGCUGGGGCAGGUCCUGACAUGCGCAAGAUGCUGGCCUCGGUUAUCAUCGCGGAGAAGGCCACCACCGAGCCCUCUGUGGUGGUGAACGUGCUUGCCCGCUGCCUGCAGGUGCCGGAGAUUUCUACUCAGCGCAAAGUCAACAUUUACAACAUCCUCCAGGAGAUCAUCCAGCAGGAGGGGGAGCUGGAGGAGCACUGUGUCCAGAGGCUGGUCGCCAUUGCCUCCAAGGAGAUGAGGGAGAUCCCGGAGGUGGAGGGCUAUAUGGAGGCAGAGGUGGCCAGCGACACCCUGGUGGCUCUGUCUCGAAACCACUUCAGCUUGGUGAUGUAUGAGCUGCAGCACCACCUCAAGCCCCUCGACCUCACGGAGGAAUUUGUCAUCAUCACCCUGGCAAAGCUGGCCAACGGCAACGUGUUUGAGUUCAUGCCGUACAUGGGCAUCACCCUGGCUACCAUAUUCACCAUGCUGAGACUUGCCAGCGAAGCCAAGAUGCGUCAGGUCAUCUGCGGAGCCAUGGAGACCUUCUGUGAGGCGGUGCAGUUUUACCUGCGGCAUCUGGAGGACAGCGUGUACCCCGUGAUGACCGAGGAGCAGUUUGCUGUAAAGCUGUUCCCCAUGUAUCGCUAUUUUGUGACCGUGUGGCUGAGGAACCAUAACCCCGAGGUGAAGCUGGGGGUCAUCAAGUCCCUGAAGCCCAUUCUGAGCCUCCUCUUGCCCAACGAUGACCUGCGGGAGCAGGUGUACGACUACAUCCCGCUGCUGCUGGCCGAGUACCAGGGCAGCCUGGAGGCGCUCUUCAUCACACAGGUCUUGAGGCAGAUCCUGGAGAUGUCGGUCACCACCAACACCCCCAUCCCCCCAAUGCAGCUGCACACCAUUUUCACGGAACUGCACGUCCAGGUGUGUUCCAAGGCCCCUGCCCAGCAGCAGUACAGCAGCCGGAACCUGGCGGAGAUCGUGCACUGCUUCAUCGCCCUUGCCCGCUCCUACCCCAAGGAGCUGAUGAAGUUCUUCCUCAGCCAGAUAGAGAUGAGAAACGAGGCCACCCGGGUGGGGACCCUGGCCCUGAUUAGGGCAGUGGUGAGCGCAGAUGAGCCCAGAAUGAAUGUCAGGACCAUCUGCCUGGCCAUCCGGGUAGUCAAGAGCACACUCUCCGACUCCCGGUCCAAGGUGAGGAUGGCUAUUCUUCGCAUCAUUGGCCAGUUGGUCCUGUCUGGCUUCCAGGACAGAAUCAAAGGCUGGGGACUGAAGUACGUGUCUGUGCAACUUACCUUAUCCACCUACAAACUGACAAAUCGCCGGGAGAGCUUUUAUCAGAGGGACCUGGAGGAGAAGAUGGUCCACAAUGUCACCAUGGAUACCGUGAAGAUCAUAACCUCUUCUGUCAGUGGGGUGACCAACGAGUUUUGGGUAAGGCUCUUGUGCUACAUCAUGGAGACCGAUUACAUGGAGGCCUUGACCCCCAUCUGCAUCAGCCUCACGAACCUGGCAGAACAGCAGCUCCACAUCAAGGACGUGGAGGCCAGUGCGACCAGCAGGAGCAGGCACGUGGACCUGCCCGCACCGCAGAAGCUGCUGGCCCGUCUCCUGGUGCUGAUGUCAUCCCCCUACAAGGGGGAGGGCCGUGGGAUUGCCAUGCUCAACCUUCUGAGGACCCUGAGCCAGAGCAUCGCACCCUCCAUGGCCAACAUGUGGGAGCUGGAGAUUCCGCUGCUGGUCAAGUACCUGGAAGAACAUACUGAGUUUACUUGGAAUCAGAAGACUUGGGAGGACAAGCUGAUUCAGUUUCUGAGAAACUCCCUCAAGAAAACUCGGGGUUCCAACUGGAGCCUGCGCCUGGGCAAAGAGCUGAACAACCAGAUCGAAAGCUUUGACAGCCCCUCCCUGGAGAAGGGCUUUCUGUACCAGGCCUUGGGCUUCACCUUGGCCAUGGGCCUGGAGGCUGACAAGGUGGAGGUGCAGCUGCUGGAGCUGCUCUACAAGACAGACUACAGCAAUGACUUUGACCGGGAGGGUGUGAUUCUGUGCUUUGGCCUGUGUGCCCGGGGCCAGGUGAAGACAGUGCUGAAUGUUUUGCAUGUCUUUGAGGAGAGGAUCCAGGAGUCGGAGCAGUACUGGCAGAUCGGCGCUUGGCGGAAGGACCACCCCUGGAGGUGGGAGACCGUGAAGGGCACCCUCAUGGUGAUGUACAGCUGCGUGGCCUCGUAUUGCCACCCACAGAUGCUCCUCACCCACCUGGACAACCCCAUCACUGCCAAGAUCGUUCAUCACUACUCCAGCAGCUGCCAGGACAUCUAUCUCAAAAUGGCCUUCUUGAAGAGUAUGGUGCAGGUCACCAACGCUGUCAGAAACAUCAAGGACCUGGAGGACUUCCAGCUUGCCCAAAAGGCGGCUCUUACUGGCAUUAUAAUGACGAUCAUCAAGGCAGAACCGACUGACAGCCUGGUUUCUCCCGUGCGGACGAUGGCGAUGGAGGCCCUCUCGCACCUGAGCAAACUGAAGCCUUUCUACUCCACAGAGGAAAGCAGUGAGCUGAUGGAUAUCAGUAUACAUUCUGUCAUUUCUCUCCGACCCCCAGGAGAAAAUGAGUCCAUUAAGACCCUCUAUGUGAACACCCUGCGCGCCCUGGAGCAGCUGAUGGAGGGCCUCAUGCAGAGGCAGCUGGACCCCAAGGGGCUGCAGGAGAUGGUGCACCUCCUGGAAAAGUGGAUCUUGUCGGAGAAAGAAUGGGAGCGGGAGAAGGCCAUGAACCUCCAUCUCCACCUCAUGCAGAUCUACGUCCAAAGUGUCGGCGUCUGUAUCCCUCUGAAGCUGGGGCAGUUUGGUGCCCUGAUUGGACUCGUCGCCCCAUGCACCUGUGACUCGCACAGAAGAACCCGCAUGGCCUCAGUGGACGUCCUGUCCCGCCUGCUGGACCUGCACGCAAGCCAGACCUGCUCCUCCUGGGAUGCUUCCAAGGAGUUAGAGCUUGAGAAAUGUAAGGAGGACCUGCAGGGCUCAGACAUGGAGAAGAUUUUCAGUGCAUCCUUCAGAAUCGCAAAGGUGGCCUGCUCGCAGUUUAACUGCGAUGAGGUGGUCUCACUCAUCCGGAAACUCUGCGAGAACAUCGGGGCCACGGAGCUGCAGCACGACAGGGCCUCCGCCGCCUGGAUGGGCGCCUUCCUCCAGAUGCGGGUCAAGGAGCUGGAGGACAAGGUGGCUGAGAUCCUGGGCGCCAUCCUGGUCCACCUGCCCGUGGUGGAGCAGCCGGAGGUGCGGCGCGUCCUGACUGAGGGCAUCCUCCUGCUGGCAUACCACCACCAGGAGACUGUGCUCACAUCGCUGCUGCGGCAGCCCCUGCCCAUGGAGAGCCACCUGACGGAGGUGUGGCUGGCUGUGGUGGAGAACGUGCCCCUUACCCGGGCGAUGCUCCGCGGGCUGAUGGGCCGGCUGCAGUUGAAGUUCACGCCCAGGGCCAACGCCACCUCCAAGGCCGACAUCUGGCGCCUGGCCGCGGUGGACCCUCUGAUGAUCCUGUGCACCAUCUACCUUCUCAUUGAGAAGAUGGACAAGGACGACAUGCUCCCGGGGCUUUUCCCGGACCUCGUCUACACCCUCCUGCUCCAGCUCAGCAGCAGCCAGGAGCCGGAGCCCGUGUCACCCGUCUUAAAGACAUGGCGAGUCGUCCACGCGGGGACUCUCCCCGAGGAGAUCAACCUGCAAAGGAUCACGAUCAAAUCCAUGCAGCUUUUGUUCAGGAGACUCAACACUGAGCCACUGCUUCACAGCCUGGAAGAGCAGGGCAUGUGGGUGCUCCUGGAGAGCAGCGAGACGUUCCUGCAGGGAGUGAGCCUGCUGGCCAGGCUGUGCGUGUGGAUCGCGGAGGGCUGCGGGCAGAGGCUGUCGGAGCUGGUGGUCAAGGGCAUGGAGUCGAAAACCCUGAGCUGGCGCGUCAGCAGCACGGCAAUCUGCGCGGAGUUCAUGAGCUACCCGAUCCUGUACCAGGAGAAGCUGCUGAAGCCGGCGGUGCUGAUACUGGAGAAGGGUGUGGACCAGGAGGAUGAGGCCCUGCGGGUGCUCUCCCUGCGUGCCCUCGGCAACAUGGCCCUUGGCGCCCCCAAGAAGGUGAGGCAGUACCGGAAGCUCCUACUGAAGAAGUGCCUCUACUCCCUGAGGGGCCCCGCGAGCACCAGUGUGACCUCCGAGGGCAUGGAGGCCCUGGCCAAGGUCUUGGCUGAACUGCGGGAAGGGGACAUGGGGUCGGCCUUUGACGCCAUCUCCGAGCGGUGCAGAACCUUCUUUGACAGUGAGAGCGAGCUGCUGCGUUUAAAAGCCUUCAUCCUCUUCGGGAAGCUGGCAAAGGUGGUCAGGAUUUCCAAGAAGCAUUUCUUCAAGGAAGAAGUAAAGAAAGCCUGGGUCCCCCUCAUGCUGCAUUGCCAGGACCCCAGCUCUGAAGCAGCCCAGGCCUGUGUGGCUACCAUGUUCCAGUGUGUGCACUUCUGGGGCUGGAAGGCCCUGGAGAGCUCCUCGGACAAAAGUGAUGCCUUUGCAGCCAAGGAGAUGACCGUUUUCCAGAUAACCCUGUGCUCCGUCCUGACGCAGAAAAAGCCUGCAGUUCUCUACAGCUUCUUGCUAGAAACAAUGACCUAUGUUAAAAGUAACUUGUCAAGGAUCAGAAUCGCUGCAUGUAACCUGGCAGGAAUCAUUAUGAAGCAGAUGCCUGCGCAUUACCUGAAAAAGCUGGACUUCCCAGCGUUACGGAGUUCUCUGCAGGAGCUACAGCUGGACUCAGAUCCUGGGGUCUGGAGGGCAGCCCUGGAGACGCUCAGAAUCUUGGAUACCUGUAGUCAGCACCAGUGUUUGACUUCCCCAGAAAGAAUUUCCGAGGUGGACUGAAUGCAAAAUGGAACUCCCCGGAGUUUCAAACCCCACCACCGCAGCGUGAACCAUUUUGAAUUUAGUUUGUAAGAAAAGCAUUGUUCUCAAAUAACCAGUGCCCCUUUCCCUCCUCCCAUUGAAAUAAACCUCCCUUGCUA